AAGUUUCGUGACGAGAUGCUGGAUGUGAUGGGUUUCAGUUCCCUAAUUAAUUGUUGAGACUCCCAGCCGGCAAAAUGGACGACGAGAACCACGAAGGAAUAAAUUAUGCAAAUUUUGAGUACGUGAAGACGUUGGGGAAAGGUACCCACGGGACUGUCAUUUUGGCCCAAUCAAAAAUUAACAACAAACAAUAUGCAAUCAAAUCAAUAAAGAAACAAAACUGUGAUGACCAGAAACAAUUGUCAUUAAUAAAGCGAGAGGUUGAAAUUAUGGCUAAUCUAAAUCAUCCUCACAUCAUAACUGUCCAUGAUGUAUGUGAGAGUAGCACAAGAGUGACGAUGACAUUGGAGUAUGCCUGCAAUGGUGAGUUGUUUGAUUAUGUGAAUGCCUCGCCCGGUGGUCUCAUCUCCGUUGAAGUCAGAAGGCUUUUCUCUCAGAUCGUCUCUGCUGUUGACUACAUGCACAAGAAAAGAGUUGUCCACAGAGAUUUGAAGCUGGAAAAUAUUUUGUUGGAUGCCAACAACGAUACAAAAAUAGCAGAUUUUGGCCUUGCAAGUAUGUUUUCUCGUGACAAGUUGAUGUUUACGUACUGUGGCAGUCCCCUCUAUGCCUCCCCGGAAAUCAUCAGGGCCCAACCUUACUACGGACCAGAGGUGGAUUGUUGGUCACUGGGAGUCAUCUUGUAUGCGAUGUCGUUUGGCUCGAUGCCAUUCGAUGGUGGGAAUGUGAGUAAGCUGAGGAAGACCAUCAUACACGGCAUCUACAAUGUUCCUCCCUAUGCACCUCCAGCUCUAGACCACCUGAUCCACUCCCUCCUCCAGCCUGACGCCGACAGGAGACUUCUCACCAAACAAAUCAGCAUUCACCCCUGGAUGCUCAACUCUGAUGCUGAUGACGAUGAUUACGACAAUAACGACGGCGAUGGUUUUCAUUUUGCCAGUAGUUACGACGACAGAAAUUAUAGAAAUCAAAAUUGUUAUAGCACUUCAUCCAUCUGGAAGCCUGGCACGAAUGGGUCGUGUGGGACUGGUUGUGCGGAAUCGAGAGAUUGUUAUUGGCAACAGUGUGAAUCAAACUUUCGUCGUCCCCAUCCGCAAUAUGUUGACCCUGACGUGCCAGAUAUCUCCAUUGAUUCGCAACACUUUCGAGACUUAUUGAAACAGCAGUUAAAUAUGUUUUCUCCAAACGAUAAGAAUUUUAAUAAUAAUAAUAGUGAUAAUAAUAAUUAUUAUUUAGGCGAAGUUAGAAAAGAUAGAACAACUCUUGAAGAGAAUUUCAAUGUCUUUGAAUUUUCAAAGAAUUCAGAUCAUUCUCCAUCUGUCUCAAGAAGUUUUGACAUGACACAAACAAACUCAUCCUCCUAUUCCAAACAUCUAGAAAAAAAUGCUGUUCAAAAUACUAAUCAAAACUGCUCAUUGAAUGUGGCUACUCCAAAAAAUGCAUUUUCGCUAUCGAAAUCACCUAACUCCUUAUGUGUUAAUGACAGGCUCUGUCGACGAAAUAAUAUUUCACCUCUUGUCACUGCACACGAGUUCCAUGACGACGACGACAACGACGAUGACGUUAGUUACGACGGUGGGGUGUGCUUGAAUAUUUCAAAGGAACAUCAUUACCAUGAAAAACCAUCGCCAUUUUCAUCUUUCUCGAAACCGGUCAUAUGCGAGAUAAAAAGUCCGAAGAAGUUAACAAUAGCCAGUGAUAUCUCGGUGAUAUUCGACCUGAAGACAUCUUCUUCAGAAAAUCUCAGGAGGAGUCUGGCGGAGGACAGCGACAAUGAUGAUGUUGGCAAGAACAUGACCAGACACAGGUCCGUGCCGCACAAUCUGGAGUCAUUCAAGAAGGUUCUUUCCAGCAGUGUACACGUCGUUGAAGAUGACAACUUAAUUCUACAGUGCAACAAUUUGAAUGUCAAACAGAAAAGUUACCGAAUGGUUAGUACAAAAAAUAAAUCUUUCACCGUCGAAAAUUAUGUCAACAGCGACGAGGAUGUGACGAUAAACGACUGCGACCACAACGACGACGACGCCAGUACUUUCAGAUCUUCAGAUGUCAGCUGCCUCUUCCAUAUCGAGAGCGAAACUGAAGAAAUCAAUGUUGAAAGUUGUAACGGGACAGCUACUAAUCUUAAUGAGAUCAUAAAGAACAACAACGAUGAUGAUGAUUUUGAUAAUGAUGAUGAGGGAAAUGGUUCGUAUCAUUUCAACGACAUCGAUGAGGUUUUGAACCAGGGCUCUGCCACACCAACUGGUUGCACUGCCACAGGAAGUAUAAACUUACACUACGAACUUGCGUCGAACAUGUUAGCUGGUGAUAUUGAUGAUGACAGAUACUCUGUUGAUAGCCUGGACACAUGAUAAUUGCCAAUAUAUCUUAUUUUUUAUUUUUGUAAUUUUAAAAUCUUCUUAAUUGAUUCGAUCAAACUGAUGAUUUAACGUUUUGAUACCUAUUUUUAAUAAUGUUCUGUCUUCAAACUUCGCUCACUGUAGUUACACUUGUUAACUGGUUGGUGUGUACCAUUCAUUUUAUUAUAUUUAUUUCUUUUCCACAACUGAUUUAUAUUUAUUUAUUUGUAGAGCCAUAUUCAAAUUCCAUGAUUGAAACUCUUUUAUUCUUUCUUAACACUUCAACAAUGGUUGUUUUUCCAUUAACCAUUUUUGUUUAUAUAUUUAACUUUCAUUUCGUUUCAUUUUAUAGAGUCAUCAUCAGUUUGCCAUUCAAUUUCUUUUACAUGAUUGUAUAUGACGUUAUUUAUCAACUUUUUUUUUAUAUUCUGCAUAAUUUAUAUUCAUGUCUAGCAGAGCAUUUUUAUCAUGAUGGAAUGUUACAAGCAGGAUGUUAACAACAAAUGUAAUGGCGAUAAAAAUCAUAAAAAUAUAGAACGCUAAUCAAAUCCAUGCUAUUGUUGUCAGUACGAACAUUCGCACUGACGAUGUUGUUAUGUGUUAUUAAAAAGUUAAAUAUGCACUCCUCUGACCUCAAUGACAUUUUUUUUCAUCUGAUGGCUACAAACAUGUUUAUAUUUAAGCAGACAUAUACGCAUACAUAUACAUACAUGCAUGCAAACGCACAUACAUAUAUACAUACAAGUAUACAUACAUAAAUACAUGCAUACAUACAUACAUACAUACACAUAUUUAUACAUAUACACAUGUAUAAAUACAAUUUUGACGUUUUUAAUGGCAUGUUUUAUUGCAGCACGUGUAUAUGUAUUAUGUGCAGCUGCUUGCUUGUAUUUCUAUUUCCAAUUUGCAAUGUAAGUAAUAUGAUGAUGCAUGUACUGCGUGCUACUUUAUAUUUAAAUGAAUGUGUUUUUGUUUUCUAGGUUCAAUUGUUUUACAAAUGUUUCAUGUUUUUAUGGCGUUUCAUAUACUUGAAUCAUAUUUACUGGGUGGUUCGGCAACGUUUCCUAUUGUUUUUGGUUUGAGUGUUAUGGCAAGUGAUUUCAGUGAAUUUGUGGGUGGAUUUAUGGUGAAUUUGCAAUUUUUACUUUGAGAAGAAUGAGAAGAGUUUCGUAUUUAAUUCAUUGAUGUGCAAUCUAAUAAUAUUAAUUUGUUCGGUUAAAUAAAAAAAAAUCUUUCAA